AUGAGGCUGUAUGGCAAUAAUAAUAUGCAUCAUCACGUGAAAACCAUCACAAAUGAGCACUAUCAUUUCGACAUUCGUCGCAGCUUCCGAAUGACCGAGUGGCUGCUGACGCCCCUCGGCUUGUGGCUGUUGAUAUCCAAGAAUCCAACGCGAAACAACAUCUACACAUCUAUCGCCCUGAUAGGUGUCUGCAUGACGACCCUUCUGUGGGUCAUUAUGCCCUGCACGAGGCACCUAGCUUUCUUGGAGAAAGAUCGCAACAUCCGAGUGACCAAGAUUGGUCCAGUGAGCUACUGCUACAAGAGUAUCAUGCUGUACGGCGCAAUAAUACUGAGCACCAAACGCAUCAAAAGUUGCAUUGAGCACAUCAAGUCAGACUGGCGUGAACUCGAAAGCGAGGGUGAUCGUCAGAUUAUGAUAAAUAAUCUGGACUUCAGCCGAAAAAUCACCAUCAUCUGCGGGAUAUUCAUGUACAGCGGGGGCUUGUCCUACCAUUCUGUCAUGCAACUGUGGUCGGGCAAGAGAAUCAAUGGUCUGAAUGAGACCCUCAGACCCCACGUCUACCCCGGCUACGAUGAUUUCGUGGAUUCACAGGCAACUCCAGCUUAUGAACUCAUCUUCACUGGGCAUUUCAUCACGGCUCUUGUUGCUUGCAGCAUUACAACGGCCUCUUGUAAUCUUACAGCUACCUUCGUCGGUCACGCUCUCGGCCAGAUUCAGAUCGUCAUGACGAGGAUCAAAAAGAUUGUCGACGAAAAUGAUGAACGUCAUUCCGACCCUCAACAGCGGAUUGCUUCCGUCAUCCGAGGUCAUGUUAGUGCGUUAAGGCUGACAGCGGAGAUUGAGAAGGUUCUGAGGAAUGUGUGCUUGGUCGAAGUCUUUGGAUCGACUUUCGUCAUGUGUUCGGUCGAAUAUUACUUCAUAAAGGAAUUGAGUAACAGCGAUAGCAUAGUACUCCUGACGUACGUCGCGCUAUUCUUCUCCCUCUCCUUCAACAUAUUUCUGUUCUGCCAGAUCGGCGAGAUAUUAAUGGAAAAGUGCUACGGAAUUGGAAAGCUGACGUAUGGGAUACCCUGGUACAAAUUGCCCGGCAAAGCUAGCCUCCCCCUGACCCUCAUCAUUGCGAUAUCCCACUGUCCGCGGAAAUUAUCUGCCGGCGGACUCUUGGAGCUCUCUAUGAACAGUUUCGCAACGGUCAUGAGGACAUCUCUGGCUUAUCUCAAUCUUCUGUACACCAUUGACUCUUGAGCGGAAUUUAUCCACGACAUUUGUGGACAAUAUAUAAAUAACUGAUAUCACUCACCUGAAGUAG